AUGGUAAGUUUACUACAGAGCAUUCUUUCCAUCUUAGUAGUAGCAGAAUUUGUUCUUGGAAAUUUUGCCAAUAUCUUCAUAGCACUGGUGAACUGCAUUGACUGGGUCAAGAGACAAAAGAUCUCCUUAGCUCAUCAAAUUCUCACUGCUCUGGCGGUCUCCAGGAUAGGUUUGCUCUGGAUAAUAGUGAUAAAUUGGUAUGCAAUUGUGUUUAAUCCAGCUUUUUAUAGUUUAGAAGUAAGAAUUGUUGUUUAUAUGGUCUGGACGAUAAGCAACCAUUUUAGCCUCUGGCUUGCUACUAGCCUCAGCAUAUUUUAUUUGCUCAAGAUAGCUAAUUUCUCAAGCUUUCUUUUUCUUCAACUAAAGUGGAAAGUUAAAAGAGUAAUUCUCAUGAUACUGUUGGGAACUUUGGUCUUCUUGGUUUUUCAUCUUGCAGUGGUGACUGUAGAUGGAAAUAUAUUGAUGACUGAAUAUGAAGGAAACAUCACUUGGAAGACCAAAUUGAGGGACAUUGUGCACCUCUCAAAUAUGACUAUGUUCACGCUAGCAAACGUCAUACCCUUUACUAUGUCCCUGACAUCUUUUGUGCUGUUAAUCUUCUCCCUGUGGAAACAUCUCAAGAAGAUGCAGCUCAGUGGCAAAGGAUCCCAAGAUCCUAGCACCAAGGUCCACAUCAGAGCCAUGCAAACUGUGAUCUCCUUUCUCUUGCUUUUUGCUAUUUACAUCCUGGCUUUAAUCAUCUCAACUUGGAGUUUUUAUAGUCUGCAGGAUGAACCAACCUUCCUGUGGGGCCAGGUCUUUUCAGCUCUCUAUCCUUCAGGCCAUUCAUUUAUCGUGAUUUGGGGAAACAAGAAGCUGAAACAGGACUUUCUCUCACUUUUGUGGCAGGUAAGGUGCUGA